UCCGAUUUUCGCACAUCCUUCCAGGUCCAGUUCUGUACAGCUCCGUUCGAAAGACAAUACAACUGUUCCUAUACUCUCACUUCAAGGAUAUCUCGACGUAAUAGCAUCAGACUUAGUCACGAUGUCCGCCGCCGCUACGAAUUCAGCUGUCGACCAGCUUACAUCCGAGCUCAACAAUGCUUCCCUCAAUGGCGGUGAUGCCAACGGUGCUCCUGCCCUCAAUACCGAUGUCUCCAACAUGAACUCUGAGGAUCCUGACACUGCCGGCCCCACCCCAAGCUCUGCUGCCCCUCACCCACAAGCUUCCGCCUCCCUCUAUGUUGGAGAGCUCGACCCAUCUGUCACUGAAGCCAUGCUCUUCGAGCUGUUCUCUCAGAUCGGCUCUGUUGCCUCGAUCCGUGUCUGCCGUGACGCUGUCACCCGACGAUCCCUUGGAUAUGCCUACGUCAACUACAAUACCACGAUUGAUGGCGAGAAGGCUUUGGAGGAGCUGAACUACACCUUGAUCAAGGGACGCCCAUGCCGUAUCAUGUGGUCCCAGCGCGAUCCUGCUCUACGCAAGACUGGUCAGGGUAAUGUCUUUAUCAAGAACUUGGAUACUGCCAUCGACAACAAAGCCCUCCACGAUACCUUCGCCGCAUUUGGCAACAUUCUUAGUUGCAAGGUUGCUCAAGAUGAGACUGGUGCCUCAAAGGGAUACGGCUUUGUUCACUACGAGACAGAUGAGGCCGCUAACCAAGCUAUUAAGCACGUCAAUGGUAUGUUGUUGAACGAGAAGAAGGUCUUCGUCGGUCAUCACAUUCCAAAGAAGGAUCGCCAAAGCAAAUUUGAAGAGAUGAAGGCCAACUUUACCAACAUCUACGUCAAGAACAUCCCAGUCGAAGUCACCGAUGAGGAAUUCCGGGAACUCUUUGAGAAGUUUGGCGAGGUCACUUCUGCAUCUCUGGCUCGUGACUCGGAGACUGGCAAGAGCCGUGGUUUUGGAUUUGUCAACUUCAUCAACCAUGAGCACGCUUCUACUGCUGUCGACGAUCUCAACGGAAAAGACUUCAAGGGUCAGGAUCUCUAUGUUGGCCGUGCCCAAAAGAAGCAUGAACGUGAAGAAGAGCUCCGAAAGUCGUAUGAGGCUGCUCGUAUCGAGAAGGCUUCAAAGUACCAAGGGGUCAACCUGUAUGUGAAGAAUCUUGACGAUGAGGUCGAUGAUGAGAAGCUUCGUGAGCUGUUUGCUCCUUUCGGAGCCAUCACUUCAGCUAAGGUCAUGCGUGAUACCCCUGCUGAGACUGCCGAGGCUGAAGAGAAGGAAAAGAAGGAAGCCGAGAAGAACAAGGAGAACGAGAAGGAAGGCGAGCCAAAGGAGGAGAGCCCUGAUGCUAAGCCAAAAUCCGAGAAGCGAUCCAGUCUAGGCAAGAGCAAGGGAUUCGGUUUUGUUUGCUUCAACAAUCCCGAGGAGGCCACCCGAGCGGUCACCGACAUGAACCAGAAGAUGGUCCAUGGCAAGCCGCUGUAUGUUGCCCUUGCUCAACGUAAGGAUGUCCGGAAGAGCCAGCUUGAAGCUAGCAUCCAAGCCCGCAACCAGAUUCGCAUGCAACAAGCUGCCGCCGCUGCCGGUAUGCCUCAACAAUUCAUGCAACCCACGAUGUUCUACCCUCCUGGUCAACAACCUGGCUUCAUCCCCCAAGGUGGUCGAGGAAUGCCUUUCCCAGCCCAACCUGGCAUGCCUGUUCCAGGAGCUCAAGGUGGUCGCCCUGGUCAAUUCCCAGGUGGAUUUCCUCCUCAACAAGGCGGACGUGGUGCUCCAGGCCCUCAACAGAUGCCACCAAACAUGUACGGCAUGCCAGGUCAAUUCCCUCCUGCUGCGUAUGCCCAACAAAGCAACCCACAAUUCCUAGCUGCUAUGCAACAAGCCCAACAAGCUGCUGCUCUCGCUGGUGGUCGUGGAGGACCCGGUGCUCGUGGACCUAUGCAAGGACUUCCAGGUAUGCCUCCCAACAUGGUUGGUCUUCCAGGUGUUGGACAACAAGCAAUGCCUGGCUUCCCUCAAGGUGCUAGACAAGGUGGCAUGGCUGGUCGUGGCACUCAAGGUGCUCAGGGUGCUCAAGCUCCUCGUGGACAAUGGCCAAGCGGUUUCCCACCUCAAGCCGGUCGUGGUGUUUCCCCACAAGUUCCUGCUAUGCCUGAGUUCAAUGCUGGCCUUGGUGGUGGUCUUCUUCAAGCUCAACUCCAGGCAGUUCCACCUCAACAACAGAAGCAAAUUCUUGGCGAAGCCCUCUUCCCCAAGAUCCAGGUUAUGCAACCAGAGUUGGCUGGUAAGAUCACUGGUAUGCUCUUGGAGAUGGAGAAUCAAGAGUUGGUUAAUCUCAUUGAGGAUGAGUCCGCUCUUCGUGCUAAGGUUGACGAGGCUCUCACCGUCUACGAUGAGUAUGUCAAGAACAACAAGGGCAGUGACGAUGCUGGCGAGAGCGGAGAGGUCAAGGAGGAGAAGUCUGAAGAGAAGGCUUAAUUGCCCGAUCUCUUCUUUUUAUCUCAUACCCAUAAC